AUGCCACUCCGCAUCGCCCCGUUCCGUGCAGCAGCGGCCGCGCACCUCGCCGCCGCAGCAGACCGCCGCACGCGACCACCACCCGGCACCCUCUCCUGCUUCUUCCACAGCACCCGGGCCCUGCGCCGCGAUGACAUCGACAGCAAGAACCACUACGAGACCCUCGGGGUCCAGACCAGCGCGUCCCCCAAGGACAUCAAGCGGUCCUUCUACCACCUCUCCAAGACCCACCACCCGGACCACAACCGGGACGACCCCCUAGCCUCCAAGCGCUUCAUGCGCAUCAGCGAGGCCUAUAGCGUGCUCUCCCACACCGACCGCCGCGCAAAGUACGACCGCGACGUCCUGCGCCUGCACGACCAGCGCGCCGACGCCGGGUCGCCACAGCACCACCGCGGCGGCAGCUACAGCAGCACCGGCCCGGCGGGCGGGAGGCCGGCCUCGGGCCUGUCGAGGAGGCGAGGGACCUUCCGCGGCCCGCCGCCCAGCUUCUACCGCAGCGGUGGCUGGGGCGCGCACGGCGCCAAGAGGAGCCAGGCGCACGAGGAGUCGACGAGCGGCACGGGCAGUAGUAGUAGCAGCGGCAACCACCACCACGGCCAUCAUCACCAUCACCAUCACCAUCACCACCACCAGCAGCAGCAUUCAGCGUCGGGCGCGCAAGGGUUCGGCAAUUUCGGCGGCGCGGCGGGCCCGGGCCAGGAGCCCUUUGGUGGGAGCAGCGGUGACAUGCCGCACUUCGACCGGACGGCCAAGGCGGCGCACACACGGACGCAGGGCCGGGUCGACGAGAUCCUGGCGCGCAACGCCGCCAAGAAGCCCCGGUUCCCGUCCGCGUCGGGCGACUACGGGGAGGUGGGGAGCUUCUUCGCCGUGCUGGCUGUGCUGGGCGUCGCGGUCGGGCUGCCUUACCUCAUCAUGAGGGGCUGGAACCGCACGCAGGAGAAGAAGCGGAAGAAGGCCCAGGGAUAA